GCUUUAUAUACGUGCACGACACACCCGGAAAUGCUCUAACGACUCGUGGCAACUGUUCCGUUUCUGACUUCGCUCACAGACUUCUGUUUCAGUGGUGCUCUGUUUUUUGGCUGUGCGUAGCAAUGGCGACCGCUAAGUAUUUCGUGCUGAACACCGGAGCAAAGAUGCCGGCGGUGGGGUUAGGCACGUGGCAGGCUGAACCGGGGGUCGUCGGUCAAGCCGUUGAGGCCGCUAUCAAGGCUGGAUAUCGCCACAUUGAUGGUGCUCGGGCUUAUAACAACGAGAAAGAGAUUGGUGAAGUUCUGAAGAAGCUGUUUGCAGAUGGUGUGGUUAAGAGGGAAGAUCUGUUCAUUACCUCCAAACUCUGGUGUAGGGAUCACGUACCAGAAGAUGUACCAGUUGCACUAAACCAAACUCUGCAAGACUUGCAGCUUGGUUACGUUGAUUUGUUCCUUAUACAUUGGCCUGUACGGAUGAAGAAGGACUCGGUAGGAUUUGCCCCUGAAAACCUUGCUCCAACCGAUAUACCUGCUACUUGGAAAGCCAUGGAAGCACUAUGUGACUCUGGUAAAGCUAGAGCCAUUGGAGUUAGUAAUUUCUCAACAAAGAAGUUGAGGGAUCUUUUGGAAGUUGCCCGUGUUCCUCCUGCUGUUAACCAGGUGGAAUGCCAUCCUUCUUGGCAGCAAAGCAAACUGCGAGAGUUCUGUAAAUCCAAAGGAGUUCACCUCUCUGCAUAUUCACCACUAGGUUCUCCGGGCACUACAUGGAUAAAGAGUAAUGUGAUUACUCAUCCAGUUGUGCUCUCAGUUGCUGAGAAGUUGGGGAAAACUCCUGCACAAGUUUGUCUUCGUUGGGGCUUGCAGAUGGGAAACAGUGUGCUUCCCAAAAGCACAAACGAACGACGGAUCAAAGAGAACUUUGACGUCUUUGACUGGUCUAUCCCUGAAGAUCUAAUGGCCAAGUUCUCUGAAAUUGAGCAGGCAAGACUGAUUAGAGGCACAUCUUUUGUGAGUGAGACCUAUGGCUCAUACAAAAAUCUUGAAGAACUCUGGGAUGGUGAAAUCUAAGUUUGCAGUUAAUCAUGCUCUUGCAUGUAGGCAAUUAUGAAAAGAAGCGGUUGGCCUUUCAGUCUUGUUUCAUCACUUCAUAAUUAAAAGUUUAUUUUAUUUUAUUUUGGGUGUGGUUAAACUGAACACUUAUCAGGAUUCCUCCAUUUUCUACUGUUUAAAGUUCAUUAACUUCUCGUUUUGGAUACUUCAUGCAUUGUGUUCCUGGUUUGGCUAUUUUAUUCUUU